AUGAAGCUAAAAUUCAUGACGGACAACCUCCAUUUCGGAAUCAUUGCAGCUUCCAAGCAGUUUAACAACGAGGUCCUGCGGGCCCACAACGAGUACCGGCGGCAGCAUGGCGUCCCUCCGCUGAAGCUGUGCAAGAAGCUCAACCAGGAGGCGCAGCAUGGCUUGCGGGUGGUGGGAGUAGAUGGAAGGAAUGGGAGCGGGUUGAUUUUGCUGCUGAGUUUUAAACAGUGUCUUCUCCGAACAGGACAGGAGGUGGCUGAUAGGUGGUACAGUGAGAUCAAGAACUACAACUUCCAGCAGCCUGGCUUCACCUCGGGGACCGGACACUUCACGGCCAUGGUAUGGAAGAAUACGAAGAAGAUGGGAGUGGGAAAGGCAUCUGCAAGUGACGGGUCCUCCUUCGUGGUGGCUAGAUACUUCCCAGCAGGGAAUGUUGUCAACCAGGGCUACUUUGAAGAAAAUGUCCUGCCUCCAAAGAAGUAACUUGCCCAAUGUAAUGGGCAGGUGGCAGACUAAGAACGUGGAUAUCAAGUGCCUAGAACAUCAAAAGCUCAGCUGUGUAUCCGUCUUUGUGGGUGUAUGUGCUUGCGUGCGUGAUGCAUGUGCGUGUCUCUUGCACACACACCCUUGGGUAUACAGUUGUGCAUGAACUAAUUCUUAUCAAAGGAUUGAGCCAAUGAAGCCUUUACUCUGAUGGUUAGACCACAAUUAUUUGGACUUUGGGGGAAAAUCAAGUUUUAAACUUUUUGGGGUUAUUUUUAAAGUAAACUUCUUCUGUACCUUUCUUACUUUUAAUAUCCAUCCCUGGACUUUUUGUACUCCAAAUGUUUGUGAUACUGAGAGGUGAAGGCCAUUUCCUGUGAUCUUCAUGCAUUAGAAUCUACUUGUGGUAGAUAUUGAAGACUAUUAAACCCUCAUUUAAAUGUGACAUAGAACAGAGCUUAAAACACAUAAAUAACAAAGCAGCUUCCAUCAGAAACAUGGUGCGGGCAGGGGUUCCAUUUCACAGAAUUACUGAGAGUUCUUUGUUGUAAGACAUGAUGUCAUCUGGAUGGCCCCUGAAAUUCUCGGAUGGGAUUGCCAAAGAACAAAUGGAGAAAAAAGCUUCACUUCCUUGCAUUUUUCUACCUUAAAAUAACAAAGUUCUCCUCUUACCACCACCCCUUGAUGCCCCCCUCUUUUUUUCUUAAAGCCCCCUGACAUUGCAUAGCUCAAUAUGCACCCCCUGAUUUCUGGGGAGCUGGGUUAGGCCUGAAACACACACACACCCCAAGUCUGCUAGGUAGCCCAGGGCCUGUUAUGGGAGAGAGCCCCUCAUAUUGCCUGGGCUCUAAGCCAAACGGCCUUGGAUGGAUGAAGUCAGCGUUCGGGUGAGGGUGAGCUCACUCAGGGCCCCCAGAGGAAACCCUCCAGCCCCUGCCCUCCCCGACACGCAGGGCGGGAGCCAGGCUGUUCCUGGCAGCUGUGGCUGCAGCUGUGCCGCUGCUCCUUCCUGGAAUGUGUGACAGGCCCAAAUGUUCCCCGGAGAUAUCCCAUGCGGGGCUUAGAGUCGAUAAUUUGGCUCUGUGUUUUGCUUCAAACUACACAAAGUUCCCCUAAAUAACAAUUUCACGGCCCGUGUGGGAGGGACCAGCCCAGACACCAAGCUGAGUGCCCCUGAAAUCAUGACCUCACGAGGGGGUAAGACAGCAGGGGCAGCGGUUACGGGGUUGCCUGCUUCGAGACUGGAGUCUGAGCAGGCCAGUCUUUGAAAGUUGUUUCCUGAAGGUCUGUGUUGCACUGUGAACACAGUUUCGUGCUGUGCCCUUCAUUUCACCCAGGGAUACUGACUAAGACAAAAAUAAAAUCUUUUUCUUUUGUGUAAAAA